AUGCUGGAUGAGAAAUCAUUAACCGACAAGAAACAGGACACUAAUGGCGUACUAUCAGAUGUAACGGAUCCUAAACAACUUACGACGGUUUACAAAAAAAAUGGAUCAUUUGAUCUGCAGAGGAGACUUCUUCUAGAAAACUUUAAACAAUCAGAAACACAUUCAAAUUUACAGUUGAAAUUAAAACUCAUGGUCGAGGGUAUGGUUAAGCAAGAUCCUUCUAUAUUAAUGAAAAACAGAGGUAAGAUGGGUGCAUUGAUUCAGGGUAAUAUAAUUAAUCAACAUAUGCAAAACAAGAAUGAGUCUAGUGUAUUGAGUAUAGUGGACAAAGACUUUCAGGAUAAAAUCACUGGGAAUCCAGAAUUUCAAAGCAAACUAAAAGACGAACUCAAGGACAUAAAACGUCGGUUAUUAGGAAUCAGUGAUGAAGAAUAUGAAAAAGAAUUGGAACAGGAGCGUGCAAAGCAACUCUUAGAGGAGAAACAAAAGGAAGAAAAAAAACAUUCUCGCUCUGAUAGAGACUAUAGAAACAAUUUUAAGCUUAAGCAGUUAUCAUCAAAUAAAAUCACAAAACCACCAAAGUUCAAUUUCUCGAGCAGAGGUAGUUGGUACAAUGGCUCCAAUGAAACUUCCAGUGGUUCAGAAGUCAGUGCUAAUGGUAACACGAAAAAUAGCUCAAAUAACUAUACCACUAAUGCUGGCAAUAGUCAUGAUGACAAGAAUCCAGAAGAUAGCUCAUCCAAGCGUGAUAUUCCUUUUUUAACCUACUAA